CCAAAGCCUCCACAACAGCAGAUUGAAGGGGAGGGAGAAAGCACAGCAGUCCCGCCACACUUCACGGCGUCUCCGAGGAUUAGAUUUCCCAAUUCCAUCUGUUCCCUUCACUUUCUUAUUCUUCAGACCUACGCUUGAGCUGCCCACUCCUGCCUAACAAAAGUGGCGGGGCGGCCCUCCCCACUGUCGAGUCACUCCGCCCCAGGCUUCCCAGGUACCACAAGGUGGGAGGAGGGCGCGGCGGCAGCGAAGGCGGAGAAACAACCAAAGCUUCCCCACCGCUAAGGCGCGGGACCCUGAGACAGAGCGCGCCGAGACUAGCGCCAACUCUUCGAGCAGGGCUUUGAGCUGAUUGGAGAGAAAGCUAAGGAGACGCCCCUUCAGAAAAAGCCUGAUUGGCCGGAUUGUAAAAAUAUGUCUCAGGGCGCCAGAAUAGAAGCUUUAGCGCCUAGUGGAAUCUCCAAGGCAGUAAGGAAGCGGCUAGUAUAGGCACGUCGUAGGCUAGGAUCAAAGUAGCAGUUGGGGGUUUGGGACGCCUCUUUUCCUUUUGAGUAACUCCAAUGCACCUCAAUCCUGGCUGCGGCUUUAGAGGGCCAGGAGGCGCUGACGCAAACGUGUCCCUGUGAGAGAACAGAAAAGAGUCUCGAGAAACGUUCUUUGCGCCAAAAGUAACUGAUCCUGGGGCGAACACCCUGAACUCCAAUGACAGAUUCAUCAGAAGUCCCCACUUUUCAAAGACACGCAUACACACGUCGUCUACACGGCCAAUUAUUUUAAGAUGGAGAUUAAUUGCUUAACACUAAAAGACUUGAUUAGUCCAAGACCUGCAAAGGUAGAUUUUAUAGAUGAAGAUGGGGAAAGUGCACAUAAGGAAAACAUAUUUGAUCGACCCAGAAUGACCCCAAAGACUCCCAUGAAAAAUGAGCCUAUUGAUUUGUCAAAGCAAAAAAACUGUACCCCCGAGAAAAAUCCAAUUACACCUGUGAAGCUGACUGAUAGGCCCCUGACAGAUCCAUGGACCCCUACAGCUAACCUAAAGAUGCUUAUUAGUGCUGCUAGCCCUGAUAUGCGGGACAGGGAAAAGAAGAAAGAGCUCUUCAGGCCAAUUGAGAACAAUGAAUUUAGUGAUGCUUUUUCUGAUUCCUUGCAGUGUGGUACUAUAGAUGAUGGAGCAGUGGACGAAUAUGAAAAGCAGAGACCCAGUAGAAAGCAGAAAAGCUUAGGACUGUUGUGCCAAAAAUUUUUAGCCCGCUAUCCCAGUUAUCCUUUAUCAGCAGAAAAAACAACAAUAUCUUUGGAUGAAGUGGCUUCUAGUCUUGGAGUUGAGCGUAGGCGAAUUUAUGACAUAGUGAAUGUCCUGGAGUCUCUUGAUCUUGUUAGCCGAGUGGCGAAGAAUCAGUACUGUUGGCAUGGUCGCCACAGCUUGAGGCAAACUCUGAAAAAUCUCCAGGAAAUAGGAGAGCUGCAAAAAUAUGAAGAACUUAUGGCUUAUUUCCAGCAUAAAGAGUUAGACCUUGACUGUAGAUUUGGAGAACAUAAAAAAGAGACCUUUAUAGAUUUCCAAGACCGACAGUUGCUUGACUUUUCAGAGACAGAUUGUCAGUCUGCUUCUGCAAACAGCAGAAAGGACAAGUCGUUGAGGAUUAUGAGCCAAAAAUUUGUCAUGCUGUUCCUUGUCUCCAAGACCAAGAUAGUUACUCUUGACAUAGCAGCGAAAAUACUGAUAGAAGAAAGCCAGGAUACAGCAGAUCACAGCAAGUUUAAAACAAAGGUGCGAAGAUUGUAUGACAUUGCUAAUGUCCUGACAAGCCUCGGGCUCAUUGAGAAAGUGCAUGUAACAGAGGAAAGAGGUCGUAAGCCAGCCUUCAAAUGGAUUGGGCCAGUGGAAUUCACUGGAGAUAGGGGUGAUGUCAAGAUGGAAAUUUCAACCUAUCCUGCUUUAACAAAAGUGAAAGGGGCAACACAUGUUCCACAUCAAGCUUGUGCCAAUAGGAAAGAGCGACUGUCACGACAUGCUUCUUUUAACACGACUCAGCCUUCUGAUGUGGUCAAGAGAAAGGUCAGCUCUGAACCUAGCAGCCCACGCAGAGGGAAGCAAGAUGAUUGCUGCUCCAAAAUGACAAAUCUAGCAUCUAUUUGCUGCCAGAAGAUGGAAGAUGAUGCAAGUAAAGGUUUUGUCAUUGAAGCAGCAAGAAACUGGGGCAUCACUUCUCCGUUCUCUGUUCUCCCUGUCCCAGGAGACUCAGACUAUUGUCUUAACACCUUUCCAGCCCUCUCCUCAAAUGCCAACUCAGACACAUCACAUCUGUCUGCACCAAAUGGAAUAAAUGACCAGGGUUUGCCAUUAACUGCUCUGUCAGCUUCCAAAACUGAGACUGGGAAAACCACUGUGCUCCCCAACCAACCUUUUGUUUACUUGCCGUCUCCACCUCUGUAUAUGCUGUGUGGCAGUCUUCAUGAAAGUCUCUUGAGAGAAAGCCUUCCAGAAAAGGGGAAUGGAGACCUUAAGGGCCAAGCUUCACCCUGCCCAUCAGAAGCAGAUGAGUCUUCAGUUAACUGUCAGAAGCGGAGUUCCCAAAAGUGUGUUCCUUCCACUACACCUCCCACUGAAGAGGAACCUACAGCUAAAAGACAGAGUCUGGAGCAGAGCGGUGGUCCCAUUUCACUGGUGCUAUCUAAAAAGACUGUGAAGCCAACUGAUGAAGACUCUUCCCCAGACAGUAACUGCAGUUCCAUUGACCAACUAAGAGGUUUUCAGCUUGAAGAAGGGACUCCUUCUGUUGUGGAAGGUGCCAAAAGAAAGACAGCUAAAUCUUCAGUAACCUGGGAACAAGAAAAAGCAUUUAGGAAUAAGGGUUUGAAAGAAAAUGCAAAGGAAAAUGAACAGGCCUCUCAAGAAAAUGGCAAACAGUCCUUCUUACCACAGUAUCUCUAUGUACAGCCUGCAGCUGGAUUAAAUGGGUUUAAUUUCCUAUUUCCUGCCAGCCAAGCUCCUGGUCCUGUCAGCCUGUCUUCAAACUCUUUGCCUUCGCUUAAUGUUCCCUGUAUGAUGGUUCCAUCAACAGCAUUGGCACCAUUCCCUCUUAUCUAUUCUCCAGCAGUCACAAGCCAACUUUCUUCUGCUCCUGCUGGCUCCUUCCCAAAUGUCACAUGCAUGAAUUUUAGUAUGCCUGGUCUGACACCUACAACACCGGUUUUCAUUGGGACUCCAGCAGUAGUUACUCCAAAUUCAUCACAGCUACCAAUGCUGGAACCGCACCAACAGUUUCAGUCAGCUGUACACCUGAACCCUGUCCUAGGAUCUUCUUGUAACUCCAUUAAAGUGGACUCACCAGUUUGCAUGGGGCACCCAGUCACACUUCUGAAAUUCCAGCAGUCUUCUUCAGCCCCACUGACUCCUAAGAACAUGCGUCCUACUCCCCAAGAAGUAUUUUUCAAGACACCUGGCAGCCUUGAAGAUUCUGUUGCGUGGAGAAAAAAUGAAGGCAGCCAGAGCAGAAUGGCAAGUUCUGUUCAAAGAAGAUUAGAGAUCUCUACCAGCAGCCCUGACUAAUCCAGCUCACAGCAGUGUGGGCAGCUUGGAAUAGAGCCUUACACUUUUCACAGAAAUAAUCAGUUAUUACAUAAAAAAGAAAAUAUUUUAAAAUGUUGUUCCACAGGCGCACUUGCCCACUGUGCAUUUACCCACUACUGUAUUAACUUUCCUCCUUGUGAAUCACCCCAGUUGUGUAAUGUUAAUACCAGUUAGAAUUCAAAUUAUGCACAUGCCGAUACAAGGGAGCAUCAAAUUCUAUUUGGGGGCUUUAAGAAAUCUUAUUUGGGAUGGGUUAUGUGAACAGAUUUACCAGCAUCUGCUCCAAAGUCCAAACUGGGGGAGCUGCCUAGCACUUACAUAGGGAAAAUACUCUUUACAAAUACUCUAUUGUGCCUAAGUAAAUGAGGUGGGCCAGUGGGGGACCUCUAAGUGAAUUAGUGUAGAAGCUGAUGCUUCUUUGCUAGAAUGUUGGGAGUAUUGCAACUUCAGAACAAUAGACUUUUGUGGAGUACUUGAAUGUGAUUAAUGUACAAUUUUUCCCUGCACUUGUUAAAGCAAAAGUCUAAUAACCCUACAGUAUGAAUGAAUGUAUUCCUGGGAAAUACCUUAAGACCAAAAUAACUGUGAAGUUUUACUUUUUCAGUGGGGUUUGUAUUAGUGAACUUUGUAGUUUUUCUGUGUCCUUGUUUCUGUGUGAAAUGAACAUGUUAAUUAUUCAUUGGCACAAAACUUUGUCCCCAACACUGUAGUGACUUAACAGGUUGCUUCAAGAAUUAUGAGUCUCUGAAAUGCAGAUGGUAGGAAUUCAUCCCUAGUUUAAAUAUAUGGCUACACAAUGCAAUCCUGUACAUGUCUACUUGGAAGUAUGCCCCACUGAAUUCAAUGAGAUUUACUCCCAGGUUAGUGUAUAUAUGAUUGCAGCCACAAUCCUCUAUAUUUUAUAACUGAGCCUGGAUUCCAUUUAGAGAGCUGUUGCUAGUCGGGCGGUAUAUAAGCUUAAUUAAAUAAAUAAAUAAUAAAUAAAUAAAAAUAUGGCACUACAUAGAGAGUGCCCAUUCUGUAAUUCUGUCUCUGGCUCUGCAACUUGCAAGAAAUCAUUACUAGUUCGACUGAUUUGCCUAUGACGUAGCCUUUUUUGAGUUACCCGAUUAACAUAUAAUUUCCCUUAGGAUAAUACUUUGAGCACAGUGUUUAUGGCAUGAGCGGCUACUGGGCUCAAAUUGGAUGCAUGACAAUAAGAAAUGGAGGAUCUGUAACCUAGUAUAGAAAUGGGAAAGUUAUGGACUGAUCAGUGAAAGGAGUUGAAAUUCAUGUAUGGCCUGCCCUUUAUUACUUGAAGGAAGGAAGAGCAGAGGAUACAAGUCAAUUUAGAGUAUCCAAACUCUUGCUAUUGGCAACUGGUUAACAUUUUACAAAUUUAUUAGGUAAUAAAUACUUUGCAUUUCUUUCACCAGUUUAAUAGACUGAAGUGGCACAUGUCCUGAUUUUAAAAGAAAAUUCAUCAUGUUAUUUUUUAGUUUCUAAUCAAGUAAUACUGGCUGUUUUUUAUCUAGGGAUGACUAUAUUCAUGGUGUACAUUUCUUAAGUUCAGACAAGUUUUCUGUGUUAUCAUUUCACCAGGUUUAGGGAAAAAAUGAUGGUUUUUGUGCAUCAAGAUUUUUUAUUCAUUUAAUUUUGAAUAAUGAAAUGUUACUAAAAGGAAAUUAAGUAUGAGUAAUUUUAGUGGAGCUUCAAAAUAAUUCAGGAAUAUAGUGUUUUUAUGUUAGAUUAGACCAGUAACAGCCUUACAAGGAGAGUGGACAAGUUGUAUUUCUUAAAUCUCUCUAGUUAAAAUCACAAUAGGAGAUUUAAAAGCAUGAAGGAGGAGGACCCAAUUACUGUUGGUUUUGUUUGUUUUUUUUUUAAAAAAAACUUUACACUACAGAAUUUGCAUGUUUUCAUGACUUUUACCCGAUACCUUGUUUUAUACACCCACAUUAAAGUUUAUCCAGGUGAAAUGAAAUCUGUUAGUAACACAACUGUUGCUAAGUAUAAUUGCAGCAGGUGCUUGACUUACUAGCAUGUUUACCUCUUCUCGGUUAGCCCAAGUUGGUACCAGUUUUGACCCAAAGCAUACUGUUUCUCUUAACAGAAAUAUCAUCUGAUGUGCCUGCGCUUAGUCUUCCCUCCUCCAUAUAUAACAUAUAUAGAAAGAAAAGGGUGGCUCUCAAUGAUCAAGACUGAUAUAAAACUCAUGUUUCUAAAACAUAAAAAGACAGUAUGUCUCUGUUUUUCAUGAUCCAUAUACCUAUAUAUUCAGUAGUCAAUACUUGCUUUCUUGGGUCUCUUUCUGCUGUGUUGGUCCCGAAACAAAAAAUAAGAGGCGAUGUAAUUGAUUCCUUCCAUUGGCACAACUUCUUCUUAGCAUACUUGUUUGAACAUCCAGCUUCACAGAACUCUUUUGAGCAAGAAAGGGUAUCUGUAAGACAUGAACAUCUGUGAACCACUGCCGACAAAAGUUGGACCUGUAACAGCCAUCCUUGUUUGGGGGAAAGUGAAUUACAGUUGGGCAUUUUAUCCUCAAGCUGGAAAUUUAGGACAGACAGUGUAGCUUGUGCUAGGCUUGCUGUUAUCUCUGCUGCAUAUUCAGAGUGAGGGGACAAGACUGAGGCUGAAGAUACUCAGGUUACAUGAACUGGAGAAUCAGCUGGAGAGUUAGAUUCUAAUUUUCUGUGCACCAGCAUAAAGUGAGACCCAUAUAUAGCUAGUGAGAGCAGAAUCAGAUGUGCUAAUCAAACUGAUAGUGUGGCAGAGCAUGGCUUGCUACUGAGCCUGAAGACUGGUUGUAAAUAGAAACAGGAGUGUAAAGCUGCAGAGGUUGGUGGAAGCAGGACCUGAAGUGGUUGUCUACCUGCAACCCCCAUUUCAGAGAACCUAUGACAAAACUGCUUCAAUGGAGGGAAGCAUAUUGUUUGCACUAAUGCAAGUGCUCAUGCACUAAAUUGUGCAGGAUUUCAGGGCUUGUGAAACCUUCAUUACUAUGGUACUAACCUGUUUGCAGGGGGAAGUGUGUGUGUGUAAUUUAUACUUGAAUCUACCUACCACGUUUACAUUUCUCAAUUCCUUUUAUAAAAGGUGCUAUUUCUGUAUUUAAAAAGCUGUAUUGUUUUUGGUAAUGUAAAGCUGCUUCAUGUUUAUAACAUUGCACUGCUAGUUCAUUAUCUUGGUAUUAACUUCUCAAUUGCUUGUGGAUCUUAGAAAUUACUUUCCUCCUGUUUUAAGUUCUUUGCUACACUCUGCGUAUAAAACUAUUAAGAGCACACACUAUUGGGGGGCAUUUUUAUACUUUAAA